AUACGGGCGGGGCGGGGCGGGGCUAGCGUCGUCGCGUCAGGGUGACGUUUCCCGCAGGCGUCGGGCAGUGUCGGAGGCGUCGGCAGCGCUUUCGGCGGCUGCCGGUGGGAAAUGGCGGAGUAUUUGGCCUCCAUCUUCGGCACCGAGAAGGACAAAGUCAACUGUUCAUUUUAUUUCAAAAUUGGAGCAUGUCGUCAUGGAGACAGAUGCUCUCGGUUGCACAAUAAACCAACCUUUAGCCAGACCAUUGCCCUCUUGAACAUUUACCGUAACCCUCAAAACUCUUCCCAGUCUGCUGACGGUUUGCGCUGUGCUGUGAGCGAUGUCGAGAUGCAGGAACACUAUGAUGAGUUUUUUGAGGAGGUUUUCACAGAAAUGGAGGAGAAGUACGGCGAGGUGGAGGAGAUGAAUGUCUGUGAUAACCUUGGAGAUCACCUCGUUGGAAACGUGUAUGUGAAGUUUCGCCGUGAAGAAGAUGCGGAGAAAGCUGUGAUUGAUUUGAACAACCGCUGGUUCAAUGGGCAGCCCAUCCACGCUGAGCUUUCCCCCGUGACCGACUUCCGGGAAGCCUGUUGCCGCCAAUAUGAAAUGGGAGAGUGUACACGAGGCGGCUUCUGCAACUUCAUGCAUCUGAAGCCCAUUUCCAGAGAGCUGCGGCGGGAGCUGUAUGGGCGCCGGCGCAAGAAGCAUCGAUCAAGGUCCCGGUCCCGGGAGCGUCGCUCUCGGUCUAGAGACCGUGGUCGUGGCGGUGGCGGAGGUGGUGGCGGAGGCGGUGGGGGACGGGAGCGUGACAGGAGGCGGUCAAGAGAUCGUGAGAGAUCUGGGCGAUUCUGAGCCAGGCCAUUUUUACCACCUGCACAUCAUCAGCCCUUGAAGUGAAGAUUAAUCUACAUCAAUCACUUUGGGUAGAAAUGAAACCAUACUUUUUCUUUUUUUUAAUGUUUUUAUUGAUUUCAGAGAGGAAUAGAAAUAUCAAAGAGAGAGAAUCAUUGAUCAGCCAUCUGCACACCUCCUACUGGGUAUCAAGCCUGCAACCCAGGCAUGUGCCCUGACCAGGAAUCUGACCGUGACCUCCUGGCUACACCAUUGAGCUACACCAGCUGGGCUGUUUAUUGAUUUUAGAGAGAGGAAGGGAGAGGGAACAAAAGAGAUACCUGAUGUGAGUUGCUUCCUAUACCCACUUGAUGGGGUAUUGAACCCACAAUCUGGGCAUGUGCUCUGACCUGACAUCAAACUGGCGACCUUUUGGUACAUAGGAUGACGCUCAACCAACUGAGCCACACUUGGAGCCAGAGUUGAAACCCUAUUUUAAAUUUAGGUUCUAAAACAAAACACCAGUUGAAGUAAAAUUCACAUGGGAAAAGGCCAGAUCUGUUUCUAGUUAUGUACAUAUUAACCAGUAGCCCAGAAUUUCUCUUCCGAGGCUGAGUAGAGGUGAGGAAAGCCUGUGAGGCCCCUUUACUUACUACUUAGUAAGUAAAUGUUUAGACGUCAUUCUCUGUAGAGUCCACUGGCGUUGGUAGGGAAGCUAAUCUUGGGACGCAGUGCAGUCAGCGUUAUUUCUCUCCAUUGAAUUGUCUAGUGUUGCUUUGAGAGCCACCGUGCACUCCUCAAACAUGGGUGUGCAUAAAACAGGAACGUGCUUGUGCAGCCCAGGAGCUAGUGAGGGGUCACCUGUCAUGUCACAACUGACUGCUAUGUUGUUAAACGACUGGAUUCACGUGGACUCAGAAGCCUGCAGUGCAGACCUGCUUUUCUGCGUGCCCCAAGUGAGCAAGAUGGGUGAAUGCCUCGUCAGCACUUUGCAGAGUCCAGCUGGCAUUUCAGGACAAAAAUAAGCAAGGCCUCUCCCCUUGAGAUGUGGACGCUUACGUAGGAGAGGUGUUCAGAAGACCAGGCCCACUGUGAAUUCUUAGGUCUGGACAAGCAACUUGGGAAGAAGGCUGGGAUCCAUCCAGGAUGUGGGCUCAGAUCUGAAGUCUUUGGAAGUGGCCAGAUGAACUGGGCCGUGGAGGUUGAGCUCCCCUGCCAACCCCCCACAGGCAGAGGGCCUUGCAGCAGACAGGGAACAAAGGAAGGAAAGGCCUCAGGGGAUUGGGCUAAUCCACAUGGCCUUUUGAGAAAUAGAAACCAGCAGGUCAGUUGAUCACGCUGUCCCAGUGCAGGCAGCAUGAAAUGCAGUGAAGUAGUUUCAGCAAUCACAAAGAUGUAUUGACUGUUAUUAGAAGUGUCUUCACAAGGUGUCCCCUUCACACUGGUCAGAAUGGCUAGCACCAAAAAAUGAUGUGAUGGCAAUGUGGAGAAAAUAGAACUCUCGUGGAAUUGUAAAACUAGAUUCCUUGAAAAUUUUAAAAAUAUAAAGACCAUAUGAUGCAGCAAUAACUCAUGUAUGACUGUCCAAAGAAAACGAAAACACUAACUUGAAAAGAUGUGUGCACCCCAAGUUCAUUGCCACAUUAUUUACAAUAGCCAGGAAAUGGAAAUAACCUAGGUGUGUAUAGAUGAAUGGAUAAAGCAGAUGCGGUACAUAUAUACAAUGGAAUAUUGUGGAAUCUAAAAACAAAACAUGAAUAAACAAACUACAUAGGACAAACUGGUGGUUGCCAAAGGGGAGAGGGACUGGGGGUGCUAGGUGAAAAUUGCAAGAGAUGAGUUCAGUUUUAGAAUAGUUGAGAUGCAUGUGAGAAGUGUGGCCUACAGAGGCAUUAGGUCAUAAAAGUAAAUACAGUAUUCAUUGGAGCGAACAAAGGCCCACACAGCAGCCACCUUCAUGGGUCAGCCGUACUUGACACUUAAGUCUGGUUUAAGGAAGAGUUCAGAGGCAAACAUCCUGGUGAGUACUGCCAGAACCCAGACCGGCCCUCCGGCCAGGAAGCCCUUUGCUGCAGGAUACCAGUCAGCAUUUGUAAUUUGGUUUCAUUUUUAUUUUAUUAAGAGCUACAUAGACUUCACUGAACAGUCUUGGCUGUGUUUGAACUUCUAUGUAGAUGGAUUUAUAUUAUUUUGUCUUUCUUUUGCUCAGCUUGUUCGUGACAUUCAGUAUGUUGGACACAGCUAACUUGCAGUUUGCAGCUUGAGUGACAGCAGUGUGGUUAGAGAAGAAUAGAAUAGUUAAUGCGUGGUGCCGGCAUAACUGACGAGGAAAACAGGAGAAAGAAGGAAGAGGGCCCUCCUGGAUGGCGGAGGGAACUGGAGGCAAAGUCCACGGCCAGAGAGCUUGGGCUUGCAAAGCUCGGGAUAGGCUGGGACAGGGUGAGGGUGUGCUGUGGAGAUGCCACCUGCCACCCGGGCAGCUCAUUCCCUGGGGGCGCCCAGUGGGGCAGCCCUCCUGGGACGGAGCCUCUGAUCAGAAAGACUCAGGUUUCAGUUUUGCCUUUUCAGUCCUAGAGUAGGAGGCUGGUCACUUGGGUUUUAGAUGAACAAUGAGGUUGGGCACCUUGUUCUACUGGCCAUUUGUAUGUCGAUGAAGCCCUCUUCAAGUCUUUGCCCAUUUUUCUUCCCCUCAUUGAGUGAGUGGGUUGUCUUUUUCUUAUUUCUAGGAGUUCUGUACAUAGUCUGGAGAGGAGUCUUCUGUUGAUGUGUAUUUAUCCCAGUCUGUGGCUUGCCCCCUCUCAGUGGUGGGUUGGAUGAAUGUGUCCUUGAACAUAACCUGGUCCAACUUAUUCAUCUUGCCCGUGUGGACAGAGCUUUCUGGGGCUUGUUUCAGGAGAGAGGGCUCAAGGCUGCCCCCAAAGGCGUUAACCUCCAUGGAUUUUUUUCCCUUUGUAAACUUUAUUAUCGAUAAAGCUGAUUGGAGAGCAUGAAUUUGGAUUUUAAGGUCCAACCAAUUUGUAAUGUCAUCUCCAUUCAUGGUUUGACCUUGGGACAACCCAUCUGAAGGACAGCCUAGGUCUGCAGAGCAGCACGGCCCCCAGGAUGGCCCCCUUGUAUCAGACGGGAGGGGAGAGAAGAGAGCAAGUCCCCAGAGUGGGGCACCUUGUGAACAAACCAGGGUCCUGCAGCCAGGACAUAGGGGCAGGUUAGUGUCGGAGCCUCAUCACCUGCCCAGCAGACACUGCACACCUGGCGAGGAGGGGUGAGCGCCUCUGGGUAGGUGUUGCUUCCUCUUGGACUGAACGGAAGGCCCCUCCCCACCUGUGUUCCCUGGGGUCCUCUCAGCCCACUGGAUGAAGCCAGGGUGGGCUGGGAGGGCACCAACCCUUGUCAAGGCUGUCCCCUCACCCACUGCUCCUCUGGCUCCUGGUUCCAUGACUUCUGGCUUCCACCCGAGAAGGUUUUGAACAGCUGAGAACCCUGCAGUAAUUAACCCAAGGGCUCAGUCUCCCUGGCCAGGGAGCUCCCCAGCAGCUGGGCAGACCAAAUGAGAACAGAACCAGCCGUCUAAACUGCUGGGCUUGGGAAAACACAACUUCUAGGUCGAGCUUCUGAGACAGAACACGGUCCCUGUCUACAGCCCAAGGCCUUGUUCCCCCUCCUGCGGCCAACCAGGUGGCUGCCUUCCUGUGCACCUGUGGCAGGAGUGGCAGGACAGGCCUGAAAAACAGCCACUGACGUCCACGUAGCCAUCGGGAGAGGUCCCUGCCCAGAGAUCUGUCAGCAGUGUGUGAGGUCACUCGCUCGGUGCCUGCGCCUGGUGGGUUUUGUCUGACUGGAUGACGGGGAGAUGGGGUAGCAUGGCUCUUAGGGAGGGGACCUUCCCUUUCUCCCUCAUAGGACUUAUUAUUAGAGGGAGCACAAGAGCUUCAUCCCCACCCCCCGGCCCCCAUCUCAGGACAGACUGCAGUCUCUUGCUCAGAAGAUGCCACACCAUCCAGGUGCACUUGGCUCCCCCACAGCCGGUGUGUCCUUGGGGAGAUGUUCAAACCUGACAGCAGAACCUGAGAAAACCCCAUCUGAAUCUGGCGACAAAUAUUCAGGCACCUGCUUCACAUCUCAGGUCUUUUUUUUUUUUUUUUUUUAACAAGUUGGGUCACAUGAAUUUACCAUUUUUUUUUGUGGGUCACAAAAGUUCAUUUCAUAUGGUUCAACCUAACAUAUCCCAGGAUUGGGCUGAUGGCCAUUGCAGGAGCGGUGAGAAGCUCAGUGGGAGAGGCAGGGCAGGAGUCGAAUCCCAGGUCUAAGUCCUGGCUCUGCUCUUCACUGGCUGCAGACUGGCCUCUGUGCCUCUGUCCUGCCCUGCAAAGUGGUGAUCAAAUAGCACCCACUCCUUUGAUUGUUAUGAGGCUCCACUAGUUAAUACAGGUACAGCUUCCAGAACAGUGCCUGGCACGUGCCUAGUGAGAGCUCAGUAAUGGUUAGUUUGUGGGAACAGUAUUAGUAACUGAAGGCAGGUACGGGUGGUGGAGAGGACAGCAGAGGAAUAAGUAGCCACCCUAAUAGUCCUGUCUUACAAAGUGAAUAGUUGACAGAUGAUGUAAAAAGUUACUGAGUACAAAACUUGUAUUCUGAAAGUGACAAAACCGCUGGAAAAAUAAAGUAGACCUGCCCUGGCUGGUUUGGCUCAGUGGAUAGAGUGUCAGCCUGUGGACUGAAGGGUCCCGGGUUCGAUUCCAGGCAAGGGCAUAUGCCCGAGUUGCGGGCUCAAUCCCCAGUAGGGGGUGUGCAG